UUUAAUUCGCCGCAGACGUGGUAUUUUACGUGGUGCCCGAGCCGGUGAAUAACCAAAACAAAUUCUUCAAGGUUUCAAGUAAAACUGGAAAUAGUUUCAAAAAUAUGACAACUUUAAAACGGGAGGAGAUACUGUUGCUGUUUGAUGUCGACGGAACAUUGACUGUUCCUCGAUCAACAGUAACUCCAGAUUUCGAAGAGUUUAUGUACAAAGAAGUCAAACCACGAGCUACAAUUGGUAUUGUGGGCGGUUCAGAUCUGGAAAAAAUGUUCGAGCAAUUGAACGGACAUAAAAUCCUCGAAAAUUUCGAUUUCGUGUUCCCCGAAAACGGUCUGGUGCAAAUCGACAAAGGUCAAGAGGUUGGCAAACAGAAUAUUAUCAAACAUUUAGGCGAAGAAACAAUUCAGCGUUUUAUAAAUUUUGUAUUGCGUUAUUUAUCGGAGCUAAUAUUGCCAUUCAAAAGAGGCACAUUUUUGGAAUUUCGCAAUGGCAUGAUGAACAUUUGUCCAAUUGGAAGACAGUGCUCUAGAGAAGAACGAAAUAUAUUUGCCGAAUACGAUAAGGAGCACCAAGUACGCAGCAAGAUGAUUGAGGUGCUGAAAAAAGAGUUUGGCGAUGUGGAUUUAACAUACAGCAUCGGGGGACAGAUUAGCUUUGAUGUUUUUCCUAAGGGCUGGGAUAAAACAUAUUCCUUGCGCUACAUUGAGGCUAACUACAAAUUUAAGGAAAUUCACUUUUUUGGUGAUAAAACUGAGCCUGGUGGCAAUGAUUAUGAGAUUUUCAUUGACCCUCGUACAAUUUCCCAUAAAGUGGCGAGUCCCAACGAUACGAAACGUAUAUUAAAGGAAAUAUUGGGACUAAAUUAAUAUUACCAAACAUUCCAAAUGGAACGAAGUGCAUUUAUCGUGUUUUAUGAUGUUUAUUGUUAAGAAGUGAUACCAUAUGCUUUCCUUUGAAUAAAGUUUGCUGUAUAAAAGAAUAAAAUAUAUAAUUAAGAAUAAGCUGUA